CCCUUCCAUCAUCAUCACACACACCCCCGAAUCAUGGACCUAGCGCGAUCCCUAUUUCAGGCGCCGACCCCAGUACCUGUGCGCCAGAGACGUUCGCCAAGCACAACUUCAAAUCACUUUCUUUCCCUGCUCUUUUUUCAUGAGUCCAACUCGCUUCCGACGGCGGCACUCAUCGAUAGUGAGCAACUCAAGAACUUUCAGUUCAUGAAAAAGACAUUCGAGACAGUUCUAGCAGGAAUAAUCCGGGACAGGAACCGCCACGAGCUGGUCAUUCUCUGCCCAGUCCAACAGUCGCUCAUGGGGAUUGAUGCAAUCUCGAAGCUGGAAUGGGAAUGGGGCGGUAUCGACGAGGAGUUCAUAUUGAGUCAUAUUGCCCGUGUCCCAGAAAGGGACCGCCCGGUCACGAAAGGACUGACAGUCGGUACACUGAAUGGACGAUCCCUGAUUGUUACAGAUACAACAGUUACGACGGCAAAAGGAUUCAAGUUGCUGAAGCAAGCCCGACUGGUUUCGGAGCGGAUAUUCUACGAUAAUGAAGGCAGAGGCUGGGUGAUCCAGUUCAUUGAUCGACCACUGGUGGGCAUCCCGCAGAAAGCAGAGCAGACAACAUCAACCCCAAGUUCUCCAGAAGAGACUGGGGCCGAUGGCGCCGGGAGUAGAUUUUCGACAAUAUUCACGCCCGCAACCACCCAAUCGGACGGGCAGCAUUCAUCGAGGCCGGGCCGCCGCAGCAGACAUCGACCAAGUCCAUCGCAGACACCUGGACUCUACAGAGAAACACGCAGGCGACUCAAAGGCCGGCCGGUUUUGACGCUUCAGAUCGCAUUGCAACGGUUUCCUGGAGUUUCUCAAAGACUGGAGCAGCUGAUCAUGGACUUUAACGAUGCAACUAUGACAAAGAACAACCUGGACGAUAUCCGGACGGAUGUGGAGCAUCUUCUGGCGGACAGCGUCAACCUGUUGAACCAGGUGGACAAAGCCGUACUGUCGGCUUUGCUGGACGAGUACGGAGCUACUUCUGAGAGUCUCGAUCAACUAUUGGAGAACUACAUCAUGAACUCGACCUACGACAUUGUAUUCUUCAAGAUCACUCUCCAGUUGAAGCAACAAGACUGGGAUCUAGCAGAAGCUAUACGGGAGCUCGGGAAUUUAGAUCUUGGUCAAGUUGGGCUGCCUGAUACACCGCAGCAUUAUCAAUCCCUGGUGUCUGCGUUGAACGAGUUUCAGUCGAUUGGUGUUCUGCGGACACCGGAGGAAAAACUGAGUUGCUUGGUACAGUCUAUAAAGGUCACUAGCACGCUCUCAGGAGGAGCCGACGACCUGAUUCCGAUCUUGCUCCUCACAGUUCUCCGUUCAGGAAUCAGCAAUCUUGCGUCCAACCUCUACUACAUGAAGAACUUUGUUCUGUUUGGAGACUCUUCCCGUGGCGAAUAUGGUUAUUCAUUAUCGACACUGGAAGCCGUUUCACGAUAUAUUCUUUCACACGCCAGGCAACUUUCGCCAUUAUCCACAAGGAACCAGGAAUACUGGGAGAAGGUUUGCUCCGGCGAUCUGAAUGGUGUAAAGAGGAUGUAUGCUGAAGGUUCCCAGCCCAUCGAAACAAGGCUAGCAUCACCGAUUUUACCUCGACGCCCAUCUGCAACGAGUCUUGAGAGUAACAGCGACAUCCCAAUCGAUCCGAUGCUGACGAACACAUUAUCGGCUUCUUCAUCACACAGCCGAGACGCAGAAGGCAACAACGGCGUUUUGUUGGCAUGCAAGGCGCAGCAGGUGGAGGUACUCCGGUAUCUCAUACAGGAACAAGGGAACUCGGUCGACGUAUCCAACUAUGAGGGUAGAACUCCGCUGAUGAUGGCUGUUGAUUGCGGCAACAUAGAGAUAACCAGGACAAUACUUCGGGCACUGAGCGCUAAAGACAAGCACGCGAUUGACAAACAGGAUGUACUUGGCAAUACCGCGAUGCAUGUUUGCGUUAACAAGGGUAAUAUAGAAGUCUUGGAGGAGCUUUUGAAUGCCGGGCCAAACCUCGGCCUGCCCAACAAUGAGGGCAAUACGCCACUAAUUAUUGCAGCGAGGAUGAGUAGCGACAAAUACGACACAUCACUAAUUAUCGCAGCCAAAAUGAGCUACGAUAAGAGCGAACAGAACAGCAGGAUUAUCCCGACGCUGGCUUCCAGGAUGAAGCCGCAAGACUUUGACCGCCAGAAUAACAGUGGAGACACAGCAAUUCAUUUCAUCGUCGAUACGGGUCUGAUAGCGGACCUGGUCAAGCGUGGAGCAAACCCAGAUAUCGAAAACUAUGCGGGAUGGACACCGCUUUUAAAAUGGGCUCUGCAUGACAACAAUAACGCUGUCAGGGGACUCUUGGCCACCGAACGUGUAGAUGCGCUGGCGACGGAUUCGCGUGGAUACACUUCCCUACAUAUGGCGUGUCUUCGAGGAAACUUGGAGAUGGUUCAGAUGCUGUACAGCUAUACGCCAAUUGAUAUUCAGUCUGCUGUAGACGGCAGCACUCUUUUGCAACUUGCGUGUCAAUCGAAUUCGGCAUCGGUCGUCGAAUUUCUGCUGCAGAAGGGCGCUAAUCCUAAAUUGAGAGACUGGACUAACGAAUCGCCGGCAGAUAUGACGAACGAUGCCGCCAUCUUGGACAUGUUGGAUAAUGCUACGCUGUUUUGGGAUAGUAGGCACGAUAAUACAAGGCCGAGUACUACAGUUCAAUCAACAGUAAAACCGCAACGUCUCAAGGUAGCAGAUGAAGAUAAAACAACCCAGGAUGAGUCGGGGAAGAGAGUUAUCCGUGUGGUCCGAGGAACGAUGGAGCAGGACGGCAAAGUUCGAUAUAUCGUGAAAAGUGGAUCUACCUCGGAUCCGUUGACAAUUGUUACGAUGCCAAGAUCUCUGGAGGACUUUCAGUUCCUGAGGCAAAACCUGCUGGCAGAAGGACCGGAUGCCUGUAUACCGUCUCUAGAGAACUUCUACUCACCCUUCCUGCUUCCGCCGAGCCGUCCGUCGAAAAUGGUUUUGGCCAUCUCUGCGAGAAGGCUAAACAUGUUCCUGAACUAUCUAUCGGACCAUCCUGUCCUAGCAAACCAUGAGCUGGUGUGGGAAUUCAUGUUGAUGCCAGAGCUCGAUCGCGACAUGAUCACUCAACGAUCGCAGAUAAAGCAAGAUAAUACUAUCGACAGUAUUUUUGACAACUUUCCGCCGGCGGUUGAGAACUUAGAUCAUGAGGAGACAUAUUUCAAGCAUCUGAACGACGAGAUCCUUAAGCUGGACACGGCUAUACAACAAGUCAGAAAACAUGCUCGGAAUCUAAGUCGAAGUACACAAGAUGUCCCUCAGCAGCUAGAAAUCCUGUCAACUGUAUUUGAUCAAUCAUACCAUGUCAGCUUCGACAACAAGAACGAAUACGUGCAAGCACUAAAGGCGAUAGCUUCAACGCAGACAACGAUGCACACGUCUGAUAUCGAAUCUCUAGGAAACUUGUUCGAAGAUUUCUCAUUUGUUAUCGAUGGGACACUGAAAGCCCUAAAGCAUCCGAAAGAGGUCAUCACCUCGAUCCGUCAAUUGAGAGCAGCGGUUGCAAAGGCGGAGCAAAACAUGCGCCGUAACGAUACGUGGUGGUCCGGUCUAUCCAGCAUAGGGGAGGGGGCCAAAACAGCGUUUGGCGGGGCAGGGGCGGCUUUGGGUGCAGUUGGACAUGGAGCCACGUCGACCUUCGAGGCCGUGUCUGGACUGAUUACGCCCGGAGGCGGGCAUUCAAAAGCGGCCUCAGAGAGUGCAGUUAGGGGAUCAAUAGAAGUCCCGGAUAGGAGCACUUCAACUUCACCGUUGACAUCACCAUCUAGGCGAUCUCUACUCUCAUUUUCUUCUUCGACGCCGCCACCGCCGAACAAAAAGCCUAUCGUCAUCAAGUUAUCGUCUAAUACAUCGCAAACCAACCUCAGUAACCUUAUGGGCAGCCCCACCCCAACCCGGCCUCGACCACGUCCGUCUUUAGAAUCAGCAUCCAGAACAGCCUCUGCGUCAUCUCUGUUGACAUAUCCGUUUUCGUCUAUCGCGGCAGUUGCUUCUGCAGCAACGGGACAUAUGUCGUUGGAUGAGAUGAAGGAUAAGAUUGAAAAGGCCUCUAGUUUGUUGAACAGUCUUCAUGGCUCGCUGUUUGAGGAGUUGUCACAUCUGCAGAACCAUCAUACUAAGGAAUUGGAGCGCGCCAUGCGCGAUUUUGGCGCGAGACAGUUGCAGAUCGAGAAGAGUCGGCUACGAGAUAUGAUCGAAAUCCUGGAAGACUUGCGGAUCGAAUCAAGUAGCACUGCUGUUGGUACAAGCGGAUCGACUCCUGUGAGUGUCCUUGGUUCACGCUCGUUCAUGGGGUCGACAAGGGAUUUGACUGUUGGACGGGAUAGUCGAGGUAUUAGUCGUCAGUCUUCAAUGCACGGCUUGAGUUCUGGGAUCGGGUCGUCGAGCGCGGGAGCCAGCUCUUUGUUUGAUUUCGAUCAUGAUGAGAAGGCAGAGGCGCGUACCUACCAGCGGCAGUACGAGCUGCAGCGCAAGAACAGCACCAUUCGUCCUUCAGAUAUCGAUUGUGAACGAUUGCGAGCAGAACAAGAAAACUAUGGAAGCUCAAGUGUUCGUAAGGAGGAAGAGGACCCAAUGAGCGAAAAAACACCUUUUGACGGCUGAAAUUCCCUUGUGGCAAAUAAAGAGAGGGUACCUCAGUAAA